ACACCAGUUUUAUAUUUUAUAAUUUGAGGAACACCAGAGUUAUUCCACGUUUUCCUGCUAUCUGUAAAUGUAACCUCAAUGUCAUAACAAAUAUUAAAUAAUGGAAGGAAGUCGAAAAUCUCGUGUUAUUCUUGAAGAACAUGGUAUACCUAAUGCUUCUGAAUAUACUAAUUAUCAACCACAACAAGAUUGGAACUUGCAUAAUUUUAAAAAAGAAUUCAAAAUACAAGUGAUAAGAGAGUCUGAAGAUGAACGAGAGUUAGAGUUUGAUUUAAUAGGUUAUCCUGUUGGAUUUGCUAACGCAUUUCGUAGAGUCCUUUUAAGUGAAGUACCAACCAUGGCUAUAGAAAAGGUUUACAUUGUAAAUAACACAAGUUUAAUUCAAGAUGAAGUUUUAGCUCACAGAUUAGGUUUAGUACCACUUCAAGCUGAUCCAAGAUUAUUUGAGUAUCCUUCAUCCACUAUUAAAAAUGAAGAUGAAGUUAGUGAUCAAGAUACUCUAAGAUAUGAACUUAAAGUAUCAUGUACUUGGAAUCCCCAAGCACCUAAAGAUUCUCGAAGAACAAAUGAUAUGUAUAGAAAUAGCAAUGUGUAUAGUAAAGAUAUUAAAUGGGUUCCCAUUGGUCGUCAAGCAGAACUUUAUCCUCGAGGAGCAGAGCAAUUAGGUGUUCUAGAAGAUGAUAUUUUAAUAUGUAAAAUGCGCCCUGGUCAAGAAAUUCAUGUUUUUAUGCAUGCAGUGAAAGGAAUUGGGAAAGACCAUGCUAAAUUUUCUCCUGUAGCUACUGCAUCAUAUAGACUAUUACCAGAUAUACAACUAGUAAAACCUGUCAGAGGAGAAAUGGCGGAUCGUUUGAAAAGUUGCUUUAGUAUUGGUGUUAUAGAAGUAAUUGAAACUAAACCAGGUGAUCCAGAAUCACGCGAAGCAAAGGUUAAAAAUCCUCGCUAUGAUAGCUGUUCUAGAAAUGUGUUUCAACAUGAAGACCUCAAAGGAUAUGUACGGUUAAGUAGAGUACGAAAUCAUAUUAUUUUUACCAUUGAAUCAGUGGGAACAUUACCACCAUCUGUAUUAUUUGUAGAAGCAACUAAGAUACUUAAGGGAAAGUGUAAAAUGUUCUUGGAAGAACUGGAAAACAUUGAAAAAUAGCUAGAAGUAUUAAGAUGUUAGUAAUGACAAUCAAAAAUAUUUUAAC